AUGGAAUCGAUGAAGGGGAGAUGUGCGAUUCGGGGAUGUAGUCAAUUGGAAUCGGAGAAUAAAAGGAGGAAGGUAUCGUCGUCGUCGUCUGGGUUAUGUUCGUUGCCAGAUGCGGUGGCUCUGAGCUGCCUGGCUCAAGUCUCGAGAUUGGACCUGGCGGCGUUAGCUAUGGCCUCCAAGAGAUACCGGUCUCUCGUAGCUUCCCGAGAGCUCCGGCGCUUGAGAUAUACUAUUGGCUGCGUCGAGGCAUGGCUCUACGUAUGUUUGCGCAUCUCUCCUGAAAGAAACCCACGCUGGUUCGUCUUCCACCCAUUGCAAGGGCGCCUGAUAGCUCUCCCGGUGCAUCAGGCUCUUCCAGAAUCAUCAUCCUCUUUCGUGACGUUGGGUUCUGGGGUCUACGUUAUCGGUGGACUCGUCAACGGCGAGCCCACUUCGGAUGUAUCGUUUUUCGAUUGUUACGAGCGCACAAUGUGCUCGAGGCCGUCCAUGAAGAUGGCUCGUGCUUCCGCAUCGGCACACCUGAUAGACGGCAAGAUAUACGUGUUUGGAGGUCUCCGGGAUGAUUCCGGUUCCGAUUCCUCGAACUGGGCAGAGAUAUACGACAGAAAGACCAAAACUUGGGACUUGUUGUCUGUGUCCACGCCCAAGAUGCCCCUCAAUAUCCAACAUAGCGUGGUGAUAGACGAAGACGAGGAGCUCAAGGUUUACGCGGUGGAUAAGGAUGGGCAAGACUUGUCCUUCUCACCAAGAGGAGGCAGAGACGAGUGGUGUGUCUUUGACGAUGGUGUCUUUGGGUUCGUGUUAUUCCGUCCUGGUCCUGGCGGGAGAAUCCUGUGGGCGUUUCCACAUGAGCUGUAUUGGAGUGAAGUCAAAUUACAAAAGCUGCGACCCAAUCUGGUCAGUUCUGGUAUCACAAAACUCUGCCUCAACUCUGCUGGCAACAUUGUCAUAUUCUGGAACGCACAGCCUCAAGGUCCCGAGAGUUUUGAGCUUUGGUCUGCCGAGAUUUCCUUUGAUAUUCGCAAGAUUUAUCUCGCCGCCCAGGAUUUCACCACAUACGAAUUGUGCGGAGAGUUUGUGUGGUUCGCUCCUGUCUUAAAACCUGCUCCUCACCGAGUUCAGGUCUUGUUUGCUGAUUCUCUCUGUACAUAG